GUUAAUCAAGGUAAUUUUGAAAAGAAAAUAAAAAAUCAUUUACUCAGUGCUCCGAUCCAAACCCUCAUACUCAAAAACUUAAACCUUCUCUCCCAUCGCGCCUCGUUUUCGAUUUCCCGACCCCUAUCGCUGCAAAGGUUUUUUUAGGGUUUAGAUUGUAAAGAAAGAAGAAAGGAUGAGUGGAACAGAGAAAAGUGGUUCAGGAACAACAAAAACCCCAGCUGAUUUCCUCAAAUCCAUUCGUGGUAGACCUGUGGUUGUCAAGCUCAACUCCGGUGUUGACUAUCGAGGUAUCCUAGCCUGUCUAGAUGGGUAUAUGAAUAUUGCAAUGGAACAAACAGAAGAGUACGUUAAUGGACAGCUGAAGAACAAGUAUGGUGAUGCAUUCAUUCGAGGGAAUAAUGUUCUGUACAUAAGUACGUCAAAGAGGACUCUAGCAGAAGGGGCUUAAACAGAAGAAUCCAAUUAUAUGUAACUUUUUGUAUUAUGCUGACUGCUGGCCUGUGUACGUAGCAGCUGUUACCUAUUUGUCUGAAACUUUUUUACCUCAUGUUUGUCAUGGUAAUUGAGUUGCUAUGGUUAUAAUAUACUAAGGCACAACAGCACAGCCAGUUUGUAAAAUACUUGUUGGCAUAUUUUGGCAGAAUGUUUUAGCUUAGUUUGGAAUUUUAAAAUAGUACUAAUAUUAUAUGUUAUCACUUCAGUAGUUUAAUUUUUGAAGUAUAUCUUCUACAAAUA